AUGCACAAAGCAGAAACAACCUUAAGAAAGUCAGCUCCAGUAGCACGGAGUGAUUCCCUUACCCACACUGCCCCACUGCCCCACUGCCCCACUACCCACACUGCCCCAGUGCCCCACUACCCACACUGCCCCACUGCCACACUGCCACACGGCCCCACUGCACACACUGCCACACUGCCACACUGCCCACACUGCCCCACUGCCACACUGCCCACACUGCCACACUGCCCCACUACCCACACUGCCUCACUGCCCACACUGCCCCACUGCCACACUGCCACACGGCCCCACUGCCCACACUGCCACACUCCCACACUGCCCCACUGCCCCACUGCCCACACUCCCACACUGCCCCACUGCCCACACUCACACACUGCCCCACUGCCACACUGCCCCACUACCCACACUGCCCCACUGCCACACUGCCACACGGCCCCACUGCCCACACUGCCCCACUGCCACACUCCCACACUGCCCCACUGCCCCACUGCCCACACUCCCACACUACCCCACUGCCCCACUGCCCCACUACCCACACUAACCCACUGCCCACACUGCCACACUGCCCACACUGCACACUGCCCCACUGCCCACACUGCCCACACUGCCACACUGCCCCACUGCCCCACUGCCCACACUGCCCCACUGCCACACUCCCACACUGCCCCACUGCCCACACUCCCACACUGCCCCACUGCCCACACUCCCACACUGCCCCACUGCCCACACUCCCACAAUGUCACACUGCCACACUGCCCCACUGCCCCACUGCCCCACUGCCCACACUGCCACAUUGCCCACACUGCCACACUGCCCCACUGCCCACACUGCCCCACUGCCACACUGCCCCACUGCCCACACUGUCACACUGUCACACUGCCCCACUGCCCCACUGUCCACACUGCCCCACUGCCACACUGCCCCACUGCCCCACUGCCCCACACUGCCACACUGCCCCACUGCCACACUGCCCCACUGCCCACACUGCCCCACUGCCCACACUCCCACAUUGUCACACUGCCACACUGCCCCACUGCCCCACUGCCCCACUGCCCACACUCCCACACUGUCACACUGCCCACACUCCCACACUGUCACACUGCCCCACUGCCCCACUGCCCCACUGCCCACACUGCCACACUGCCCCACUGUCACACUGCCCCAGUGCCCCACUACCCACACUCCCACACUGCACACUGCCUCACUGCCCACAAUGCCCACACUGCCACACUGCCCCACUGCCCACACUCCCCCACUGCCCACCCCACUGCCCACACUCCCACACUGCCCCACUGCCCCACUGCCCACACUGCCCCACUGCCACACUCCCACACUGCCCCACUGCCCACACUCCCACACUGCCCCACUGCCCACACUCCCACACUGCCCCACUGCCCACACUCCCACACUCCCACACUGCACACUGCCUCACUGCCCACAAUGCCCACACUGCCACACUGCCCCACUGCCCACACUCCCACACUGCCCCACUGCCCACACUCCCCCACUGCCCACACUCCCACACUGCCCCACUGCCCACACUGCCCCACUGCCACACUCCCACACUGCCCCACUGCCCACACUCCCACACUGCCCCACUGCCCACACUCCCACACUGCCCCAUUGCCCACACUCCCACACUCCCACACUCCCACACUGCACACUGCCUCACUGCCCACAAUGCCCACACUGCCACACUGCCCCACUGCCCACACUCCCACACUGCCCCACUGCCCACACUCCCCCACUGCCCACACUCCCACACUGCCCCACUGCCCCACUGCCCACACUGCCCCACUGCCACACUCCCACACUGCCCCACUGCCCACACUCCCACACUGCCCCACUGCCCACACUCCCACACUCCCACACUCCCACACUGCACACUGCCUCACUGCCCACAAUGCCCACACUGCCACACUGCCCCACUGCCCACACUCCCACACUGCCCCCACUGCCCACACUCCCCCCACUGCCCACACUCCCACACUGCCCCACUGCCCCACUGCCCACACUGCCCCACUGCCACACUCCCACACUGCCCCACUGCCCACACUCCCACACUGCCACACUCCCACACUGCCCCACUGCCCCACUGCCACACUGCCACACUGCCACACUGCCCAUGCCAUGCCCUGCUGUCAGGCCAUGUGA